AUGGCGUCGAGCGACUGGGAAUCCACGCACUUGGUCGUGGGCGCGCCCGAGGGCGUCGUGGAGCUCGCAAGGGACCUCACGCCGCUCUGCGACAUCUUGAAGCCCGACAGCGAGGUUGGGAAGGUUGACCUCAUCCGCGCAAAGGCGACUCGGCUCAUCCGCGUCUGCAUGCGAACCAGGAUAGGCCGCGAGUGUCUGCUGCGAAGGGGCGGGCUGGUUCCAUCGCUCCUCGCGGCGCUCGCGCCCGUGGCCAAGUACGAGGACGCGGGUGCCGACGCGGGUGCCGACGCGGGUGCCGACGCGGGUGCCGAGGGCGAAGAGGGCGACGGGGUCGGGCCGAAGGAUCCGGUUUUGGAGCACGCCAUGGUCUGCGGCGAUCUGCUCGUGAAGCUGGCGUGCGCGUCGACGCAGACCGCGCUGGAGCUGGUGGAGGAGCACGGCGUCGUGGAGACGUUUCACGCGCUGUUGCGAAGGCACGACGCGGACUCUAGGGCGUGCGGCGCCGUCGGCUUGCGGAAGUUUGCGAAAUUCAGCGAGAGAGCGGCGAGGGAGAUGGUGUGGCGCGGGGUCAUGGACGACGUUCGCGCGAUGCUGCCCACCUGCGACAGGUACCGCACCCCGCCCACGACGCCGCUGGCGAUGGAGAAGGACAACAUCCUGGCGGACGCCUUCGGCGUGGGCGCCGGCGACGAGGCGCGCGCUAAGAAGGUUGACCUCGAGGCGCUGCUCUCGAGCCGAAAAAGAUCAUCAAAGAAGGACGAGACAGACGAAACGGAAGGAGGCGGGGUUGUCUACGACGGUCCGGCUGUACCGAACAUGGGCAAACCCCCGCCGCCCCCGCCGCCGUUCGUUCCAAAGGCCAACACCCCGCGGGUCGUCGCCGAGGUCAUGGAGCUCCUCGGGGCGCUCCUGUGCCAUUCGUUCGUGGCGGAUCAGUUCAUCGGUCGCGUCGGCGGCGACGUCAACAAACGCGGACUACUCCCGAGCGGGAAGCACCGGCCGACGUGGACGACGACGAUCACGCAUCAGUGCGCUCCCGCCGCGACGUACGCACCGCCUCCGCCGCCUCCGCCGCCGCCGGUGAUGGUGCGUAAGCUGGACGAGGAGGGCAACCCGGUGCAGGCGACGGACGAGGAGGGCGUCCCGAUUGUCGACGACGAGGGCGAGCCGGUGUACGAGAUGGUCGAGGAAAAGCCGAAAACUGAGGAAACCGAGGGCGUCGAGGAGCCCGAGCCCGAGCCCGAGCCCGAGCCCGAGCCCGAGCCCGAGCCGUUGGCCGUGUCCGAGCCCGAGCCCGUGGCUAAGGCUGAGGUCGAACACGACGACAUGUUGGAGGAGUACCAACCGGUGCUCAUCGAGGGCGACGCGCCGUGCGACGACUUUCUCGCGUGUUCCGCGUCGCUUCGAUGCCUGGAACACGCGGCGAGGCACCCGCGGUGCCGCGCCGAGCUUCUCGAGGACGACGGCGCGCACUGCAAACGACUCGCGGCGAUCGUCAGGUGCAACAUGCCGCACUGCGCGGAGCCGGCGCUUCGAAUUUUGCUCGGGAUCAUGUCGUGGGCCAAGCACGAAGGUCCCAACGCGACCGGGCCGAACUCGUUCAAGGACCUACGCGAGGCGCAGGGGCGCGUGCGGGGCGGCCAGGGCGGCGCACUCGCGGCCGUCAAAGCCGCAAAGGCGGCGAGGGAGGCUGAAGAGCGCGAAACAAAGGGUGGCGCGCGAGCGUACGACAUCCUUCGCUGCGAGGAGGUGCGCGGUGCCGUGAUGAGCGCGGAUCUGGGCCCCGAGGAUUCCGUGAUGCACAGGUCGCUGCGUUCCGCGGCGUCGCACGCGCUGGCGGGAUACGAGCUCACGGCAAUACUUCCCCCGCCGCCGCCGCCCGCGCCCGUGCCCGGGAUGGAGGUCACCGCGCGAGCGCCGUUGCCGAAUCACAAGACGACGCCGCUGUUGGAGACGAUCGAGAAGCAGACUCUGGGACGAGAGAUCGCGGAGAGGGACGAGAUGCGCGAGCCGUUCUUCGACCAGGUCCUGACCAUAAAGGAGAGGCUGGCGCUGAGGUACAGGCAGACCCGGGGGCACCGCACGUCGCGGUCGGGAUCCGUGAAGGACCCGAACGAGUUGGAGGAGGUGGUCACCGAGGCGUAG